AUGCACCUCAUAUGGCCUUCUAAGAGCACUGAAUCCGAUCACUUGCUCCGACUGCAGGAGCGGGCUAUGUGGAUUGCGUUGAAGUGCGUGGACCUAGAAGUUGUGGUCGUCGACCUGAAUGUCUCCCGCAUCGCCGCCUGGAACUCGGACAAGCUCCCUAUCUACGAGCCAGGCCUCGAUGAGGUGGUCAAGGCUUGCCGCGGCCGCAACCUCUUCUUCUCCACCGACGUCAAGAAGCAUGUUGCCGAGGCUGACAUUGUGUUUGUGAGCGUCAACACGCCCACCAAGACGCGCGGCGUGGGGGCAGGCAAGGCCGCCGACCUCACCUACUGGGAGGGAGCUGCGCGCAUGAUCGCCUCCGUGUCUACGUCCUCCAAGAUAAUCGUGGAGAAGUCCACGGUGCCCGUGAAGACAGCUGAGGCCAUCGAGAAGGUCCUUAGAUGUAAUUGCACCAGUGCAUCCGUGCGGUUCGACAUUCUGUCCAACCCCGAGUUCCUGGCUGAGGGCACAGCGGUUGCGGACCUUGCAAAUCCUGACCGCGUGCUCAUAGGUGGCAAGGGCGGCCCUGCCGGGCGUGCUGCUAUAGAGGAGCUGGCCGCCGUUUAUGCUCGAUGGGUGCCUCAGGAUCGCAUCCUGCGCACAAGCUUGUGGUCUGCAGAGUUAUCCAAGUUGACUGCCAAUGCCAUGCUCGCCCAGCGAAUCAGCUCCAUGAACUCCAUCUCUGCCUUAUGCGAGACUACGGGUGCGGAUGUGCAAGAGGUCGCACACUCCAUCGGAAAGGACUCGAGGAUAGGCCCCAAGUUCCUGAACGCAUCUGUUGGCUUUGGCGGCUCCUGCUUCCAGAAGGACAUCCUCAACCUGGUCUACAUCUGCGAAACCCUGGGCCUCAAGGAGGUGGCUGAUUACUGGCAUGCCGUGAUCACCAUGAAUGAUUACCAGAAGCAGCGUUUUGUGGAGCGAAUUAUUACAUCCAUGUUCAAUACCAUCUCGAGGAAGAACAUCGCAAUCUAUGGAUUUGCCUUUAAGAAGGACACUGGCGACACGCGCGAGACUCCUGCCAUCGACGUCUGCCAUGGUCUGGUGGCCGACGGAGCUCACUGCGUGAUUUACGAUCCCCAGGUGGGAGCGGACCAGGUGCACCGGGACUUGGCCACUCCAAAGUUUGAGUGGGACCACCCCAGCAGGGGUCAGGCUGCCAUCGCUGGGCGCGACGAGAUCAAGGUUGUCAAGGAUCCCUAUACGGCUGCGCAUGGCGCUCAUGCCAUCUGUGUUCUUACGGAGUGGGACGAGUUUGCACACUACGACUACCAAAAGAUCUAUGACAACAUGGUCAAGCCUGCGUUCAUUUUUGACGGACGAAACGUUCUGGAUCAUGCUGAGCUUCGCAAGAUUGGCUUCAUUGUGUAUGCUCUUGGCAAGCCCCUGGACCCAUUCUUAUAG